AUGGAUCGUCUGCGCUUCAGGCGCAGCAGCAGGAAGGAGUCUUCUGCCACGCCGCCUGCCUCCAGCGACGGCCGGAGUAGCGGCAAGACAACGCCCGAACCAGCGGUCCAGGGUCCUCCGCCUCUGCCCCAGGUCCCUUUCAAGAAGCCCUCGCCGUUCCGAGCGCUGCAUUUCAGCCGAUCUGCGAAGCGUGCGCGGUCACCGCCUCCCGCGUCCCUUCCUCACUCGCCAGGUGCCGCUCUUCACCCACAUGAUGCUUAUGAGCGCCCCCCUAGCUCGCCCUUAUCCCUUCGGAAGGAAACACAGACGCCGGUAGAGGAGCCGACUCACAAGGAUGGCAAGGCGCCCAAGAUCCCGUCGUUCUUGACGUUAACUUCACAGGAGAUAGACUCGAAGUUCCAAGAGAUAGUCUGGCUCGAGCGCAACCGCCUCAUGCAGUCUAUGCAGAACAACUCGCCAGACUUCAAGUGGGCGCGCGUCACGGGCUCGCAUCUCAAGCAACUGGAUCGAUACAUGAAUGUACAACCGUGGCACAACAACCGUGUGAAGCUCAAUGUUCCCCCUGGACGUAUCGACUACAUCAAUGCAUCCCCGAUAGAGCUGAGGUCGCCGGAGGAUGAGGAGUCCGAUCGGUACAUCGCAAUGCAGGGACCGAAGCAGGUGUCGACCGACCACGUCUGGCGCAUGGUGGUCGAGCAGCUGGAGAGUCCAGGCGUUAUCGUGAUGUUGACGGAGACGCAUGAGGCGAACAUCGAGAAGUGCUUCCCGUACUUCCCCCGAGACCCGGAGGAGCCACCACUCGAGGUAAACGAGCACGAUGAGUUUGGCGACGGCUUCAGGGCCAGUGUACGAUGCGAAUGUCUCGAGGAGACGCCCGCUGGAGAUGCGAUCGAGUUGCGGAAGCUGGUCAUCCGCGUCUAUCGUCACAGCAGUCGCAUAAAUGGCACGAAUGGUAACGGCGCAAACGGUCAUGUGCGGCCCGACGAGAACGGUGAUGUCACAAUGCUAUCGCCUGGCAAGGUCCAGGAUGAUGCAAAGAGUGUCGAGGACGAGGGUGUGGCUGAUGUCGGUCAUGAGGAUGGCGAGUUUGAGGAGCGUAUACUGUGGCACUUCCUCUACAAGAAGUGGCCCGAUUUUGGCGUGCCGGCUCUCGAAGACCUCGAGAGCUUCUUCACCCUGAUGCGCCUAUCACGGGAGAAGAACGCCGGCCCGCACAACCCGCGGAUCGUACACUGCAGCGCAGGUGUCGGUCGCAGCGGGACAUUUAUUGCGUUGGAGCACUUGAUAAGAGAACUUGAUGCCGGCCGGCUUGAGCAUUACGACACCGCGCCCCCGACCCACGAGACUGAGGAAGGCUACGUGGCCGUGGAGCGAGAGGAGGAGCAGGAAGACAUGAUCUUCAACACGGUGAAUCAACUCCGCGAACAAAGACGGAACAUGGUCCAGGCUGAGGCGCAGUUUUUGUUCAUCUACCAGGUGAUGCGCAAGCUCUGGCAGGACAAGUACGGCGGCACCGAGGACGACGAGGACGAGCCCGCGGCUAAGAGGUUGGAGUUCGACCCAUUUGUCGAGGAGUCACUCUUGAAGACCGUCCCAGGAACUGAGACUUGA